AUCGUAUCUCAGGUGCCGUACCCGGGAUCAGAAAUACUACGUAUCAUGAUUACUGAUUAGGCAGUGAGCCUAAUCCUUUCCUUCUUCGCCCCUUCGUCUCUACUUUCUUCUUAUCCCUUUCCCUUUCUUUUUUUCUCUGUUUCCUCUUUUUCGUCUGCUUUUGACUUUGAUUUUUAUGGCUCCUGUGCACGGGUUUCCGCGGGAAGAAACUCAGUCCCCUCCUGGUGAGGGGCAACCGAGUAUUGCCAAUCCUUCGUCUUCGGGGAGUGCUACUAACGUUGAAAAUACGAGUGCAACCAGUCCCACUGCCACUCAGGACACGACUUCAAGUCGAACCUCCUCGACCGUAAUUUCAAGUGAGAUUCCGCCCACGUCUAUCUCUUCGUCGGUAAACCCGACACUUACAUCCGUUGAGACUCCGAAUUCGACCUCAUCUGCAUCUGCCACCAGUAGUGUUACCAGUGUCACAUUGAUAACUUCUGACACUUCCGUAUCAACCACAUCGACAGCAACUCAGGAAUUGACAUCGACCUCAACGUCCGUUUCUACCUCAACCUUGACGUCUUCGCCAACAAGUACUGAUGGUGUUGGGAUCGGUAUCAACUUGCCUGGUAUAGGUAUCACAUUAGGGUCUGGCAAGGAUGGAGUCGAGGUCACUGCAUCCCUGAACGAAACAGCACAGCCGGCUGCUACCACGUCUACCGGAGAUUCACAAGGAGAUGAGGGUUCAAAUGGCUCUGGAAGUACUUCCAGUGCGACUGGGGACGGGGGUGAAACUGGAAUUGGUGGGGCACAACCACCUGUUAGCACUGUUCAGACAACGAUCUCCACUCAAACGUCCGACACGUCGUCGACGCCGACGCUUGUGCCUACAACGACUCCGAUCAGUACGACAUCCGGCGAAUCGACCACUUCAUCCUCAGUCACGCAGAGCGAUGGGUCUGAAAAUGGAAAGGCGAGUACAACGAGCACAAUUAAAACCUCGCCCCCAACCGCUGCUACUUCGAUAUCGAUUAGUACGAUAUCCAGCGAAUCGACCAUUCCCUCCUCAGUUACGCAGGACGAUGGGUCUGAAAAUGGACCGAGCACAAUUAAAACCUCGCCCCCGACCGCUGCUACUUCGAUAUCGAUUAAUACGAUAUCCAGCGAAUCGACCAUUCCCUCCUCAGUUACGCAGGACGAUGGCUCUGGAAAUGAACGGGACAGUGUAUCAAGUACCAACAUAAAUUCCCCCCCACCUGCGACCGUUACAGUUGACAGCAUCACCAACCCUGUGGCUACAACUCAGCGGACAGAGGGCGAUGAACCUAGUAGGAUCCAAUCAACGAUAACUACAGGUUCGGUUACGAGUACUUUGGGGACCCCUGCUGCCACUGCAAUCAAUAAUGGUGCUAAUAAUGGAACCGGAAACACUGGCGUGCAAGAUGGCAGUACCUUGUCCGCUUCCCUACCAGAGCCACCAACUGCUGACAGGAAUUUUCCUGCGGAACCGCCGUCCCCCACUACUGUCUUCACGAUCACAUCUACUUCUUUGAGUACUACAUCCGAAAACGGAUCACCGGUGGUGAAAAGCAUCCCAGUCACUUUGACGUUGACCAGCACAUUCCCUACGAGUGUAGCAACAGGAACAAGAUCAGAUCCCAGCACAUCCUCUAAGUCACCUGCCAAGGCAGUAAUGAUCGGUGGAAUUGUUGGGGGCAUCGCAUUCCUUCUCCUUACCGCCCUCCUUUUCUUCUGCUUGUACAGACGGCGACGGAAUCGGGUUGUCAUGUUCGAGCAUUUUCCUGCACCCGGCCAAGGUAAUGAAACGUCUCAAAUGUUCAAUCCCAUGGCUAUGGUGUCUCAAUCAAGCCUCCCUCCUGUGAGUCGUAAGCCUGUACCAUCUUGGGAAGGAAGCGGAUCGACUGUCCCUACAUCGAGUGGCCUGACGGCAGCGGACCAUCCAGCUGCAUUGCUUCCCACCAUCGUUCUCGAUCCUUUCGAAGACCCCAGACCUAGCGAUCCCUUUGCCGACCCAGAUCCAUUCGCCAGUUCUCGCCCUCAGCCGCAGAGGGCUCUACUUGCCGCACUGGAUAUGCCCGAAAAUCGCCUCUCUAAGGCAUCAACGAGAAGUGCAGAGUCAGGUGCAGAGUUUGGUUUCGCAGUGUGAAUUACCCCUGGAUGUUGGUUCCGCCAAUGAAUUGUUUCGAGUUUCGCAGCGAUGAUCUCGGACAUGAUAGAACAUGGAUUCUUUGGGUAGUACAUAUUUAUCACAAUAUUUAUCGGUGUGAAGUACUAUACCUUACUCACAUACGAUUUACAAGCUUAUGACCCGGCCCUUUGUGCCGAGUUUUUUUGCAUGUUUAUACACCUGCUUACUUGUGCUCUGUAGGAGUUCUGCAGGUAGUGAACAGCAUGAAUCACCCAUGGGGGGAAAGUUUGUGUCCCUUGGCCCACUGUAUUCAUAUCACAUGACCUGUUCUGUGAACAUCCUGUGUCAGAGGCG